CCAGUUACACUAACAGGAGAGCAGACUAAAGACAUCCCAGUAGAAACAGAUGGGAAAGAUUGAACACAUGGUUCUCUUUAUUGUAUGCUGUUAUUUUCAAAAAGGAAUACAGAAAAGGAAAGACUGAGGGAAAAGAAGGACAAACGUAGUCAGAAGUUUCUUCAUGGAAGUCGUGCCCUACAAGGUAACAGGAUGUUGUCAAAGAAAGAAGAGAAGAGGCCAUUUGGUAACGGGAAUCUUCGAGACCAGUGGGAGAAGAGAGCCCAAAGCGUGGCUGACCAGUGCAAACAGGAGGCCGAAUGGAGGGAAAAAAGCUCCCUUAAAGUACUUUUCUCAAAGUGGAACUAUCACUUUUCGCUCGUGUCCAACGGAGACAUGAAGGGGGAAAUGUCUGAGUUCAGAAAGCUGACCAGCAACUCCAAUGAAGAAGAACAAAAGCCAAAAAUUAAAUUCAAAGUUGUCCCUGCAUCUCCCAAACCCAAAGCUGAGCCUCCACCCCCGACUCCACCUCCACCCAGGAGGUCAUCUUCACCCAAGCCUCGCAGGCAAAAACGCAAAGUAGAAGUGGAUGUGUUCCGCUUGUGUUGGAGGGAGUCCUGGAUGAGCACAAAGCCUCCCAAGUACCUUUACCUGAAGGCUAAGGAGUCUAAAGCAAGGUUCUCAGGGUUCACCACCAUUGACUUCACCAACAACCGGAAGUACAAACGACAGCGGUGUGAAGGGGAAGUUGAGUGGAUGUGUCUCAUUUCUAAAUGGAGUCAUUCCUGGAAACAGGUGAGGAGUCCAGCCCAGCUGGAAUUCUUGGAGGAGAAACCAUUCCAGUGGAAGAGUCUUUUCUCAAAAAAUCUGGUCAUCAAAGUAAAAGUCAAAGAAUACUCCCUUCCUGUCUGGGCUGGUACUUGGAAAAUCAUGAACUUCCCCUUCAGACAGCAGAAAAAGAACUGGGAUUGCGUUUGGCCUCAUUACCAACAAACGUCCAGCGAGAAGUUAGACAUGUUGGACAUCAUUCAGCAACUAGAGGAUCAGAAUGAACUUUCUGACUGGGAGGAUUCAUGGCGACUAUUUGGAGUAGAAGCUGAAACAGAGGAGGAGAUACAAACCCCAGGCUCCUUUAGCACUGAUAGCAGAGCGAUUAGGAUAAAUGAGGUUGUGGUGCCAGGAUGGAACAAGUCCUGGCUCCUCUCUGCAGCUCCUCCUGAGGAACAUGAAGAGCGCCAGAAAAGCUGGAGCUCCUGCUGGGGAUUCAGACAGCAGCUCAGGUGGCGUCAAGCUUCCAUAAACUCCCAUCAUCACCAUAGCAACCUGCUGAUGAGGAGACGCAGAACUACAAACCUCCACCUCUGCUCAGAGAUGGAAGAUGAAACCUCAGACUUCACAGAGUGGACGGAGGCUUGGAAGACCCCAAAGAUCUCUAUUAAAUCAGAAGUGGAGGAGGAAGAGAAGCAGGAUGAUGAAGAAACGAUGGAUGAAACAGAGGAUGAGGAGGAUAAUGAUAGGGUGGACAAUGAGAGCAAAGAAGAAAAUGAUGAGGACGAAGGAGUGGAGGAAGAGGAGGAAGCUGUAAAUGAAGCAGACGAGGAGGAGAGGAGCAAUGAAGUAUUAGCAGACUUUCACAAAAAGAUUGAGGAAGAUGAUGAGGAAGAUGAAGAGGAGGAUGAAGGAGUAGAGGCGGAGGAAGAGGAAGAAGAUGAGGAUGAAGAUGACAAAAAUAAGGAUAUGGAGAGCAAAGAGGAAGAUAAAGAGAAGAGAGACAGUGAUGUAGAUGACAAUGAUGAAGAGGAUGCGAAUGAAGAUGAGGAUGAUGAUGAAGAAAAGGAGAAAGAUAUAGAAGAAAACAAGAAGGAUGAAGACAAUGAAGUAUCUGAGGAGGAGGAAGAGGAAGAAGAUAAUGAUGAAAAUAAAGAGAUGGAGGACAACACAUUAGACAAGAAGCAGAGGGAUGACGCAGUGGAUGAGGAAGAGGUAGAUGAGUAUAACGAGGAAAAUGCAGAAAGAGAAGAAACAGAAAACAAGGAGCUGAAAAAUGAUGGAAAAGAGGAGCAAGAAGAGGAGAAGGGAGACGACACUGAAAAAGACAAACCUGCAGAGGAAGAUAUAAUAAAGGAGAGGGAGGAAGAAGAGGAAGUAGACAAGAGGGUUGAAGAUGAGGAAGAGAGAGAAGAAAAGGAAGACAAGGAUGGGACAAACGAAGCAGAUGAAGAGGAUGAAGAGAGUGAUGAAGAUGACAAAGAAAAAGUUGAAGAUAAAGAAAAAAAUGUGGUGAAGGAACAAGACACCUCAGAAGAGGAGAGCAAAGACAUGGAUGAAGAUGAGCAGGAGGAAGAUGAACAUAACAAAAUUGAAGAGUAUAAAAAACACUGUGAAACAGAGGAUGAUGAUGAUGAAUUUUAUGAUGCAGAAGGAGAGGAGGAAAAGGAAGAUAUCAGCAAGCAACAAGAAGAUGACAAACACGAUGAAGACGAGGAAGAUGAAGAAGAGAAGGAUGAAGAAAACUAUAAGGAUGAGGAUAAAGAGGAAGAAGUAAAUGGAGAGGAAAAUGAAGACAAGAAUGAAGAUGAAGAGGGUGGUAAUGUUGAGGAGGACAAGAAAGAGGAAAACAAGAGGGCUCAGAAUCCUGAAGAAGAGGAGAUGGUGAAGGAGGAGGACGAGGGUAAAGAGGAGAAGGAGGAGGACAAUGAAGCCAAAGAAGAAAAAGCUGUGAACAAAAUCCAGGAGACAGACAAAGAUGAUGAAGUAGAGGACGAUGAAGAGGAGGAGGAAGAUGAUGAUAUCUAUAAGAACAAGGGUGAAAACAAACUGGGGAAUGUAGACGAGGCAGAUAAAGAUGAGGAAGAUGAAAACGAUGAAAAGGGGGGUGAAGAGCAGCGAAAUGAUGAAAUGGCAGACAGUGAAGAGGGUGAUAAAGAAGUUGAGAAUAACGAGGAAGAGGAGGAAGGAGAGGAAUGUGAGGAGGAGGAAGAAACACACAAAGACAAGAAUGAGGAUGACGAACUAGAGGAGGAGGAAGAUGAAAAAGAGGAGGAGGAGAUAAAAGAUAAGAGAAAGCAGUUCCAGAAAGCUGAUGUGCCGCUCCACCUACAGUUCCAUAAACUCAGCGCCUCCUUCGCCUCCUGGCGGCAGUCCUGCAUGCUGGCCGUGGCUCACAGAGCCAGGGAUGACGGCACUGAGGAAGAGGAAGAGGAAGAAGAGGAAGCAGAGUGGCGUGCUUGGAGGGAAUCAUGGAGGAUCAGUCGUUGGAAGAAGCCGGACGAGGAUGAAGUGGCCUGUUUCUCCAUGGAGCACCGGAGUCGGAGAUGCAUGGGCCUGAUGCACGAAGAGGAAGCCAUGCCGAGACAGGAGUGGGCUCUCAGCUGGAAAAUGACCAAGACAUCUGCCAAGGAGGAAGAGGAGGAAGAGGAGGAUGUAGAGGAAUGCUGAUUUUUUUUCUUUUCUGAUAGCUCAAAUAGAGUACAUAUAAAAGAACAUUGACAUUUUUAAAAAAUGUGGGGUAUCAGUCUACUUGUGUCCUGCAGAAUGAAACCAUACAACCCAGAACUGGAGGUGGCUCUUUAUUCUGAAACAGUGAACUUGAAGUUCCUGUCAGUCAAAGGUUUCCGUGACUAAACCACCACAGGAAUAGUCUGAAAACUGCAAAUAAAUUAUCUCAGUGUUUUGCAUUGUUACAACACCAACCUUUUCUAACCCUUACAGCCUGUUUGUGACUCUCUGCUCUAAGUGUGCAUCCCUGUGAUGCAAUGAGUUCAUCUCUGCAUACACAAAGUCUGUUUGAAUACUGUUGGAGUCACAGUAAGGGGAGAUUUAAUAUGUGAAAUGUCAGCAUAUGUGCUACUGGUGAUGAAUAAA